CCCGCUCUCGUUCUCCACCGCGACGGCCAUGACGCGUUCGUCCGUCAGUAUGGGCCUGAGCGCGCAGAGCGGCUCCGACUUCGCCAAGACACUGCCCGGCGUGACCGGCCCGCUCGACUUCUUUGACCCGCUCGGCCUCACCGAGGAGCUCACCAAGGAGGAGGUGCUCCGCUUUCGCGAGGCGGAGCUCGCGCACGGCCGCGUCUCGAUGGUCGCCGCGCUCGGUUUCCUCGUUCAGGAGAACUUCCACCCACUCUUUCCCGACAUUGGCGGCUCCGCCGCCCGGCAGCUGGACACCGUGCUGCAGACUGAGACCGGGCAGGGCAUCAUGGCGUCCCUGCUCUUCACCGUGAUGCUCACCGAGAUCCAGCGCGCCCGCGUCGGCUGGAUGCCCCCGAGCGAGGGUAUGCAGCAGCUCCGCCCCGAGUACGUCCCGGGCGACCUCGGCUUCGACCCGCUGGGCAUGCGGCCGAGCUCGGACGCGGACCUGCUCGCCAUGAAGAACAAGGAGCUCAACAACGGACGCCUCGCCAUGCUCGCCGUCGCCUAUUUCGCCGCGGAGGAGGUGCUGGGCGGCACCCCCGAGCUGCUGGGCUCCGCCUAAGCUGUCUCCGGAGGGCAGCGAGCAUCCCCGACCCCUUCGCCGCGCAGCCGCUCGACUCGGCCGAUUGAUUUCCUUCAUUCACGGCUCUCGGUCUUGCGAGUUGCCUCGCCUUCGUGCUCCACAGUGACUGCUGGAGGUGAGUGUGUUCUCCCUUCUUGGUUCUUGUUUUGAAUGUCAUUAUAAUGAUGAAAUGUGAA